UGUGGAGCGCUUUCGACUCUUGACAGCUUACGAGCUUCUGGCUGAACAAUAACACAGUAACUUGUGUCACUCGACAAAGUCCGACGAAAACAUGAAAGAAGACAAAGAAAAUACGCGGCCCAGAGAAAAGAAGGUGGAAAUAAAAUGUGAAGAAAGCGAAAAAACAGAGAAGCCAAACAAAGAGAAGAAGGAGACUAUGACAAAGAUCGUAAUUCGUCGCCUCCCUCCCAGUCUAACUAAGGAAGAGCUAGAGGAGCAACUGCAGCCUCUCCCAGAAGUGGAUUAUCUUGAGUUCUUCUCUAGUGACACCAGCCUCUACCCUCACCUUUUUGCAAGAGCAUACCUAAAUUUCAAGAACCAGGAGGAUAUUGUUCUUUUUAGAGACCGAUUUGAUGGUUAUGUCUUCAUUGAUAAUCAAGGCCAAGAGUACCCUGCGAUUGUUGAGUUUGCGCCAUUCCAGAAGGUUGCGAAGAAGAGAAGUAAGAAGAAGGAUGCCAAAAGUGGGACGAUCGAGGAAGAUGCUGAUUAUAAGAGAUUUUUGGAGAUAUACAGUGGCGAUGAUGAGAAACUUUCUUCCACCCCUGAGACAUUAUUAGAAGAAAUAGAGGCCAAGACAAAGGAACUGUUUGCAAAGAAAACAACCCCUCUGUUGGACUUUCUUAAGAACAAACAGAGGUUAAGAGAGGAAAAGAAGGAGGAGAGGAGAAGGAGAGAGUUGGAGCGAAAACGCUUGCGUGAUGAAGAAAGGCGCAAAUGGAGAGAGGAGGACAGAAGGAAGCGCAAAGAGGCUGAGAAAUUAAAAAAGGCAGAAAAAGUACCCGAAAAAGACAAAGACCAAGCUAAAGAGGAGCAGCCAAAAAUCAAGCUCUUGAAGAAACCAGAUAAACCAGAGAAUGGAGAUACUGAAAAGCCAAAAGAGAAGCAGAAGAAGCCAGACCGUGAAAAACUGAAGGAUGACAGAGCUCCAGGAGGAGCAGAUGCAAAGAAACGUCAAAAUGGUGAACACAGAGAAGAUAAGACAAGAAAAUUAGAGGAGGAUGGACGGAAGGAGCACAGAGAUCGCGAUGCAGACAGAGACCGUAAUCGAGAGAGGGACCACCGUCAAAAAGAGAAGGACCGAAUCACGAGGCAGGACGAGGAGCGUCGGAGGAGGAAGGAGCGACAUGAUGGAGAGAAUACUUACAAAAAGAGAGAGGAUGAGGGGAAAAAAGAAAAGGAGCGUAUUUGGGAAAAGAGAAAGAAUGAGCAUGCUGGAGACUCCUCUGGUCACACUCAACCUGACAAGACUGAGAAGUCCUCUAAAGAUGGUAAAAAGGAGGAAAAUGUGAAAAAGGACCGUUUAAGAAACAAGGAUCGACCUGCCAUUCAGCUGUACCAGCCAGGGGCGAGGAGCCGCAAUAGAGCUGGAGACAGCAGAGCUGGAGAUAAGAAGGCUGAGACGGACGCAAGGAAUACACAGGAGAAGGGCGAAGAGUGAGGACAGGCCAAAAUGGUAGCAUGACAUGAUUGAGGAGGAAUUCUGGUCAAGCCAGGCAACUGAGCACCUGAAAAGAAUGGUGCUGCCAAAGCAAGAAGUUCCUGUCCUUCUCAAGCUCUUUGUCAAAGAGGCAGAAACAAAACCACCUGACCCUUCAGUGCCUGGAUGAGCCCCCUUUCAUUUCUGUUUAUUAGAAAGACAAGGGAAAGCUCUCACUCCUUGACUGAUGCUUAGAGUUGAGCAGUGGGGUAUAGCAAGAGAAGCCAAAGUGAUUGGACCAUGAGGACUCCAAGUGACCUUACUCUUGGUACACAGCCAAACUUAUUGUACUUCACAGCUGUUCAGCUUUUUUGGUAUGUUAGGCUACUACUCCAAAUCAUUUAAUGUUCCACACCCCAACAGUAGUACCUAGAAGGUAAACCUUGUCAGAUUUCAGUUCACUUGAAUGAUUUCCUUCUACGUGAUUAGUAAAAAGUGUUUCACAAUACACUUAGCUGAUAAUACAUUCAGUCAGUUUAGUCUGACACCUCAGAUGUGGAGUUUAUUUGGAUGAUUUAAGGAGUGUUUUUUUUUUUUGUUUGUUUUUUUUUUUGGUGGUUCUCCAAACCAGCCUUUUAAUUUGUACAUGGAAUAUGAGCCAUGCACUAAAGUGAGAUUUGGUGACAUGCCUUUGCCACAGUUUUUUUGUUGUUUUUUGCUCUUGUUUGGAAAUCUUGUUGAAUUUGGUGAGUGGCCUUCCCUACUUUUGCAAUAAAGCUUUACCCAAAAAAAGAAUA